AUGCGUCGCUUCGCUUCACGAGGUGUUUGUGCCAAGGCCUCCAAGGCUGUUUCCCGUGGGAACGGCCUGAGCUCAGCAUCCUCCUUUGCUGUUCGCCAGUCUGCUCUACCAAAGCAGGCCGGAGCCCUGGCCUUCCAGUUCAGAACAUACAUCACCAGCCAUGAGAAGAUUCAAGAUGUCCAGAACACCCCUUACUUCCUGGACAACAAGUUUGUCCAGUCCUCCACAUCCAAGUUCAUUGAUCUGCAUGAUCCUGCCACAAAUAAUCUCGUCACCCGAGUCCCUCAGAUGACUAGUGAGGAGAUGAAGAAGGCCGUUGAGAGUGCUGAGAAGGCCUUCGAGUCAUGGAAGAAGACGAGCGUCCUGCACCGCCAGCAAAUUAUGUUCAAAUUUGUCCAGCUGAUCAAGGAGAACCAUGAUCGCCUAGCUGCAAGCAUCACCCUGGAGCAGGGAAAGACCUUCGCCGACGCCAAGGGCGAUGUUCUUCGUGGCCUUCAGGUUGCUGAGGCUGCAUGUGCUGCGCCUGAACUUCUCAAGGGUGACUUGCUUGAGGUCGCCAAGGACAUGGAGACUCGCUCUUACCGUGAGCCUUUAGGUGUUACUGCAGCUAUCUGCCCCUUCAACUUCCCCGCUAUGAUCCCUCUUUGGUGCAUCCCUAUUGCCACCGUUACUGGCAACACUCUGAUCCUCAAGCCCUCGGAGCGUGACCCUGGAGCUGCCAUCAUCCUUGCGGAGCUUGUUAAGAAGGCCGGUUUCCCUGAGGGUGUGGUCAAUAUUAUUCACGGCAGCCACGACGCUGUCAACUUCAUCAUCGAUGAGCCUGCCAUCAAGGCUAUCAGCUUCGUUGGUGGUAACAAGGCCGGCGAAUAUAUUUUCACGCGCGGAUCAGCCAACGGAAAGCGCGUUCAGGCUAACCUCGGUGCUAAGAAUCACGCUGCUGUUCUCCCAGACUGCAAUAAGAACCACUUCCUCAAUGCAGUUGCCGGAGCUGCUUUUGGAGCCGCCGGACAGCGAUGCAUGGCUCUCAGCACCCUCGUUUUCAUCGGUGAUGAGACCCACAAGUGGCUGCCUGAUCUCGUUGAGCGUGCCAAGGCCCUGAAGGUCGAUGCUGGUUUCGAGGACGGCGCCGACCUGGGCCCCGUCAUCUCCCCAGAGAGCAAGGCUCGCAUUGAGAGCUUGAUUGCCUCUGCCGAGAAGGAGGGUGCCAAGAUCGUUCUCGAUGGACGUGGCUACAAGCCGGCCAAGUACCCCAAUGGCAACUGGGUUGGACCUACCAUCAUCACCGAUGUGACCACCGACAUGACCUGCUAUAAAGAGGAGAUCUUUGGACCCGUUCUUGUUUGCCUCAAGGUUGAUACUCUCAACGAGGCUGUUGAGUUGAUCAACAAGAACGAGUAUGGUAACGGAGUUGCGAUCUUCACUGAAAAUGGAUCAUCUGCCGAGUACUUCCGAAAGAACAUUGAGGCUGGACAAAUGGGUGUGAAUGUUCCUAUCCCGGUCCCUCUGCCCAUGUUCAGCUUCACUGGCAAUAAGAAGUCUAUUGCAGGAGGUGGUGUCAGCACAUUUUACGGCAAGCCCGGUAUCAACUUCUAUACCCAGACCAAGACAGUCACCUCAUUGUGGAAGGCUGAGGAUGACCAGGCCGCAAAGGCCAGCGUUGUCAUGCCUACCCAGAAAUAG